CUGGCUUGACAACAACAUGAUUGAAGGCCCCCUGCCAACUGGGCUGUGCUCGCUGCCCUUUCUUUGGCGCGUCAUGAUGAGCAACAACUACCUCUACGGAGAGCUCCCAGACUGCCUCUUUGACAAGUGUGUCAACCAAAUUGAUGUGAGCAACAACAGCCUGUACGGGCAUGUCAACCGCGACUUCAGGAACAUGGUGGCAGACGGCGGUGCCCUCAUCAACUUGGCUAACAACUACUUCUUUGGCGAUGCUGUGCUCUUUGCUGACGGCUGCAAGGUCUGCCCCGUUGAGAUCACCGAGCCCAACAACCUGGGCAUGGGGGAUACCUUUGAUGUGUUUGCCGGCAAGUGUAAUAACGUUGCAGCCACUGGGCUGCGAGAUAUCUCAGUGGCGGGGGCAGGCAAGCAGGCGAGGGUGAGUCUGUCGGGCAACUGCCUGACGCUCAGACCUGAUGCGGAGUGCUCCUCCAACGCCAUCCAGCACAGCAAAGCAGCCUGCCAGGCGUUCUGCAGCAUCACGGACAAUGGCCCGUGUGACGGCCGUGGGGAGUGUGUGCCGCCUGCACCCGGUUCCACCUCCAACUUCACCUGCCUCUGUGAUGCCGGCUACUCUGCUCUCGACUUGGGCAACGGCUCUACCUGUGCCAUUGUCAACUCCACCACCACCACUGUGUCGUCGCUCUCCACGGGCGCCAUAGUGGGCAUUGCUGUGGGCUGCUUUGCUGGCCUCACUUUGCUCGCUGCUGUGCUUGCAUGGCUGCUGUGGCCCCGCGGACCAAAGAAGUGGGAGGGGCUGGUUGUGUGUGAGCAGUUCUCGCUGCAGCAGAUUAUGAAGGCCACCAACAACUGGUCGGACGACAAUGUGCUGGGCAAGGGUGGCUUUGGCAUUGUCUACAAAGGCUACUCGCCUCAGGGCCAGCUGUGGGCUAUCAAGCGAUCCACCGUCAUGACCAAUGACUUUGAAGUAGAGGUGCGAGCCAUGGCGUCUCUCCACCACGCGCAUCUCGUUCGCCUGCUGGGCUUCUGUCUGGAUCCGAACGUGGAGACGGGCAAGCAGGAGCAGAUCCUGGUGUACGAGUCUGUGGGCAACAGGGACCUCGAGUACUAUAUCCACUCCACCAAGA